CAUUCGGAGUGGUGCGUCUGCGUCCUGGAUGGGCGGUGCCAAUACGGAAAAGUGGCGGGACCGAGGCUGUGGAAGGAGGAAGGUGGGGUGUGGUUAUUGGCUGGAGCGUCGGCCACUCUUCAGAGCCUCCUCUUCUGAUUGGUGUUGUUUAGUGGAAUGUGCGGAGGUGCUGGAGUAGGGUUGCAGAGGGAACCGAUCGUGGGAGCGGGAGUGGGAGUAUAUUGAGGAACGCGGCUCAUGGCAGAAGGGUUCGCCGUCUCUGCAGCACUGCAGGCAACAGAACUGAAGAAAGUGACUUUGGAGCUUUCAUCUCUUCUACCAUUUGGGAUUUAAUUUGCAUCAUCUCUGACUCUGUUUUUUAAAAAAGUCAAACCCACACACAACAUGUUGUUGCGCAGAAGGACUUCCACUCCCUGGCUGUGCUAUUCAUGUUAGCAAUCAGGAAAAGCCUUUGGGGGCUGCAGAUUCUCUGUAGUCUGAUGCUGCUGCCGCCGCCGCCACUGCUGCUAAGGGUUUUGGUGCAGGGAAUCCAAACUGCUGCCGUUUCUGUCCGCUGAGCUCUUCACAUCUGCAUGUCUCUGCUGCUCACACACACUCCAUCUCCCACCCUCUCUCCAUGGACUGAUUGCUGUGGAGGGAAGACGAACCUGGCCAAGUGAUUGUUUUGGGAGGAACACAAAUUGCAUUCGUUUGUCGUAUUCUGGUGGAUCUGUUCCGAGGAUAAUCUUUUUUUUGGUGGGGGAAAGGAAAACAUGACGUCGCCAGCGAAAUUCAAAAAGGAUAAGGAGAUCAUAGCUGAAUAUGACACUCAAGUCAAAGAAAUCCGAGCCCAGCUUAUUGAACAACUGAAAUGUCUUGAUCAGCAAUGUGAACUUAGAGUCCAGCUGCUCCAGGACCUGCAGGAUUUUUUCCGCAAAAAGGCUGAGAUUGAGAUGGAUUACUCCAGGAACUUGGAGAAGCUGGCUGAACGAUUUCUGGCGAAAACAAGGAGCACGAAAGACCAGCAAUUCAAGAAGGAUCAGAAUGUUCUUUCACCUGUCAAUUGCUGGAACCUCCUCUUAAACCAGGUGAAGCGGGAGAGCAGGGACCACACCACCUUGAGUGACAUUUAUCUGAACAACAUCAUCCCUCGGUUUGUUCAAGUCAGUGAAGACUCUGGACGACUUUUCAAAAAGAGCAAAGAAGUGGGCCAGCAGCUCCAAGAAGACUUGAUGAAGGUCCUGAAUGAGCUCUACACGGUGAUGAAGACCUACCACAUGUACAAUGCUGACAGCAUCAGUGCUCAGAGCAAGUUGAAGGAGGCAGAGAAGCAGGAAGAGAAGCAGAUUGGCAAAUCCGUGAAGCAAGAGGAUAAGCAAACCCCACGCUCCCCUGAUUCAGCCUCCAGUGUCAAGUUUGAAGAAAAACAUGUCCGGCGAAGCUCAGUCAAGAAGAUUGAGAAAAUGAAAGAGAAGCGGCAAGCAAAAUACACAGAAAAUAAACUGAAGGCUAUUAAGGCAAGAAACGAAUAUCUGCUGGCUCUGGAGGCCACCAAUGCAUCUGUGUUCAAGUAUUACAUCCAUGACCUGUCUGAUCUCAUAGAUCAGUGCUGUGACCUAGGAUAUCAUGCCAGCCUUGGUAGAGCACUCAGGACAUUCUUGUCAGCAGAGCUGAAUCUAGAACAAUCAAAGCAUGAAGGACUGGAUGCCAUCGAGAAUGCUGUGGAAAACUUGGAUGCAAAUAGCGACAAGCAGCGCCUCAUGGAGAUGUGCAACAAUGUCUUCUGUCCACCCAUGAAGUUUGAGUUUCAGCCUCACAUGGGAGAUAUGGUGUUCCAGCUGUGUGCCCAGCAGCCAGUGCAGAGUGAGUUAGUGCAGAGGUGUCAACAGCUGCAGUCUAGGCUAUCCACACUGAAGAUAGAAAAUGAAGAGGUUAAGAAAACAAUGGAAGCCACGCUGCAGACUAUCCAGGAUAUCGUCACCAUUGAGGAUUUUGAUGUCUCUGACUGUUUCCAGUAUAGCAACUCCAUGGAGUCUGUAAAAUCAACAGUUUCUGAAACCUUCAUGAGCAAGCCAAGCAUUGCCAAGAGACGGGCCAAUCAGCAAGAGACAGAACAGUUCUACUUCACGAAGUUGAAGGAGUAUCUGGAAGGGCGAAACCUCAUCACCAAGCUUCAGGCAAAACAUGACCUCCUUCAGAAGACUCUGGGAGAAAGUCAAAGGACUGACUGUUCUCUUGCCAGCAGACGCAGUUCUACCAUAAGGAAGCAGGAUUCCAGCCAAGCAAUUCCCCUGGUGGUAGAGAGCUGCAUACGAUUCAUUAGCAGACAUGGACUCCAGCAUGAAGGGAUAUUCAGGGUAUCAGGAUCUCAGGUUGAGGUGAAUGAUAUCAAAAAUGCAUUUGAGAGAGGGGAGGAUCCAUUGGCUGGAGACCAAAAUGACCAUGAUAUGGACUCAAUAGCAGGAGUUCUAAAGCUCUACUUUCGUGGGCUAGAACAUCCCCUUUUCCCCAAGGAAAUCUUUCAUGACCUGAUCGCCUGUGUUACAAUGGACAAUCUGCAAGAGAGAGCUCUGCACAUCCGAAAAGUCCUCCUGACUUUGCCUAAAACCACUUUGAUUGUAAUGAGAUACCUCUUUGCAUUCCUCAAUCAUCUAUCUCAGUUCAGUGAAGAGAAUAUGAUGGACCCCUACAAUUUAGCCAUCUGCUUUGGGCCCACGCUGAUGUCAGUGCCUGAAGGCCAUGAUCAGGUUUCCUGCCAAGCACAUGUCAAUGAGCUCAUCAAAACUAUAAUCAUACAACAUGAGAAUGUCUUCCCAGGACCAAGAGAACUGGAGGGCCCUAUAUACACCUUGGGUGGAAGCACUGAGGAUUACUGUGAAAGCCCUCAUGGAGAGACAGCUUCCACAGAAGAUACAGCUCAGGAUAUGGCCACUGAACGCCAUACAAGCGAUGACGAAUGUGAACCUAUUGAAGCAAUAGCCAAAUUUGACUACGCUGGCCGCACAGCACGUGAACUCUCUUUUAAGAAGGGGGCUUCUCUCCUGCUUUAUCAACGAGCCUCUGAUGACUGGUGGGAGGGCCGUCACAAUGGAAUUGAUGGUCUGAUCCCCCAUCAGUACAUCGUUGUCCAAGACACUGAGGAUGGCGUAUCAGAAAGAUCAAGCCCAAAAUCUGAAAUAGAAGUAAAUUCUGAGCCACCUGAAGAAAAAGUGACCGCCAGAGCUGGCUCCAACUGUCCAAGUGGGAGCCACGUUGCAGACAUUUAUCUUGCAAAUAUCAAUAAGCAAAGAAAGAGACCCGAGUCUGGCAGCAUACGAAGAGCUUUCCGUCAAAGUGACAGCCAUGGUCUGCCCAGCUCCCUGGGAGAGCCAGCUCCAGCAGGAGCCAUGGCCAGUUCCCGUCCCUCCUCACAACCCAUUAUGAGCCAAAGUCUCCCAAAGGAGGUACCAGAUGCAUGCUCCAUCAGUGGCCAUGGGAGCCUCAAUUCUCUCAGCCGGCAUGCCUCUCUGAAGAACAGGAUAGAUAGCCCCCACAUCCGGAAAAAUGUGGCUGCAGGAAGGUCAAAGAGCUUUAAUAACCACCGCCCCAUGGAUCCUGAAGUCAUUGCACAGGAUAUUGAAGCUACUAUGAACUCUGCUCUAAAUGAGCUCCGGGAGCUGGAAAGGCAAAGCAGUGUGAAGCACACACCAGAUGUUGUCCUUGACACCCUGGAGCCGUUGAAAACCUCCCCUGUUGUGGCACCCACCUCGGAGCCUUCCAGCCCUUUGCAUACUCAGAUCCUCAAAGACUCUGAACCAGCUUUCCAGAGGAGUGCCAGCACAGCAAGCGACAUUCCCUGCACCUUCAGGCCAGCAAAGUCUGUCAAAAUGGCUGCCCAGGUCAAACCUCCAGCAACCAGGCCAAAGCCUACAGUUUUCCCCAAAACAAACACCACAAGCCCUGCAGUUGCUUCAGCAUCUCAACAGUCUACUGACAAGUCCUGUACUGUUUGAACUUAAAACACUACUGUGAAUAUAACAUUUUUGCUUCAGAUGAGGGGGCCCUGUUAAGGAGACACUAGAAAUUUCUAUUUAAUUAGUAUUGAACUUCUGUUGAAGAUUAGUUUGUAAGAUACUAUUGCCUGGGAUACUCCCAACAGGAAAGCCCCGGCUAGUUAAGUCUCAUUUUGCACCUCCAUCGCCAGUGAUGCUAGGACAUCACAACUGUGUAGCCUGAGACACAGAAAGUCUUGUAUCAGGUCACUGUGAAUUCAGUGAAGAAAAAACAGAAUUGAUUGGUCUGUUCCUGGUAAACAGUCAAUGCCUUGUUCAAGUGUCUGGUCACUAACAGAAACCUUCAAUGUCCUCAUGUCUUGGAGGUUGAUAGAAAGGACUUCUGUGCUUCAACCACUACAGGGAUACAAUACAGUAUUGUUCAUCCAUGGAUGUUUUUGAUCCCACUGGUUUAGGUGGACUUGGGUAUGCCUGGGGCUAAUUGUUGUGCAUUAUUACAGUGCACAAUGGUGCCACACAAGGUCAGUUAAGUUCACAUUAUAGCUUGCAGCUUUUUCAGGAGUACAUAUUCUUAAGCAUAUGUUUUCUGUCCAAUGUUAAAAAAGGAAAACCUUGAAAAGUGCCACACAAGCAUAGUCUUGGUUUGACGCAUGCCCAUGUGCAUGUGUUCAUUUAAAGUUGAAGUGAUUAUGUGGGGAAAAUAAGUAGUAUGAGAGCUUGCAUGGUUAAACAUUCCCCACGUGUAUUUUUUGCUUGGUGCUUCCAGGGCUAAAAGCAGCAUUAAUGCUUUGUAAUUAGAUUUUUAAACAAUUUCUCUAAAACAGCAUCAGUGUACUCUCAUGGAGACUCGGGAGACAAAAUGAAAACAUGGGUUAAGUUUUGAAAAUCAGCUACUGUUCCUUCUUCCUCUGUCUCUCUUGUAGCAUUUCCAAAUGCGUACAUCUUCAGUGUUCUUCCCAAGAAGAGGGAGGUUCAAGCCAACCCCUCCAGUUUUUAACAAUCCUAAUCUCUGGAACUGGUAAUCUGAGUUAUCAGCUUGACCCUGUUUCUCUCUCCUCUGUCUCUCCCCCCACCCCACCCCACCCCCAGCUUGUGUCUCGGCCUCCUGUGAGCUUGUGAUAUGGCAGCAUAAGGCAAAUAAAAUAAAAUAUGACAUGCAGCAUAUUUCUGUGCUAGGCCAUCAUGUCUGUAUGUAGUCUACAGAUAGUAAAAUGUAUCAUCUUAGUAUCUGGUAUUUACAGUGAUGGAUUAUAAUUGUUCUGAAUUCCAACAGACUAUAUGGACUCAUGUUUGCAUUGAAUGGGAAUUUAUUUUUCAAGAUGGCAAUCGUUUUAAAAAGGAAAAGGAAAUGCAGACUUCAUAACUAACUCGGAAUUUCUCUGCUGCCUCUAUCAUGACCCACCAAAGGAACACUGAAUUAAAAUGGAUUCCAUCACACUUAUUUGAUCCUCAACUGUAAGGGCAAGAUAAGGAACUGAAACGUGUUUUCUCUCAUGCUCUGGGUGUGAGAUGCAGUCUGUUUUCUUGUGGUUUUAUGAAUGAAAUAGUUGGUAACUGAUAUUUUAAUAGAAGCAAAAUGCAUAAUCUGUGAACAAAAUUACAGUAGUCAUUUCAGAUUAAUAUAAGGUUGUUAGACAUUUUCUUUUAAUAUCCUUACAAGUUAGGAAAAAAUGUGUGUUUUUAAAUUAUGUCUAAAGGAAGACUUGACAAUCUCACAAACAGUGAUAGAAAAGAAACCCUGUGAAAUAUUUGGGGGGCAGGAACAGUUUUUUCUGUAACAUUUUACUAGCUGUUGUCUUUUAAAUACACUGGUGUGUGCACACACACAACACACGUUUGUGUGCAUGUGUAUGUUACCUCUACAUCUUGGAUCUUGUCUGGCUGCAGCCUGAUCAUUCAUUCUCAGGGUGGGACAGACUUCUGAUCCAGGAAUCUUAAUUCUUUAUUUUUUUUAAAGAUUAGUGUUUCACUCAGGCAAAACUACUGGGUUUUUAGGCUUGUAAGAUCAUGUUAAGGUUGCCAACCCCUAGGCCAGAGCAGGGCUUUUGUGCCUGUAGCAGCAACAUGGCCGGUUAGGUAGGAACAACUUCUGCCUUCCCUGCAGCAUUGUGACAGGCAAAUCUAAAUCCCUUAUUCCUAUCAUUAAAGGCACAUGAAGCUCCCUUUAGCCCAAGGCAUAAGCAGGCCUAGUGUUAUGUCACUACUACACAAGAUGAGGUGCAGGGAUGGAGGUAGAAUUUCUUUCUAGGAAACAUAUUAAGCACAUACUAGCAAUGCCUUAUUUUGUUUAGGUUUUAUACCAUGCCUUCUACUAGUCACCCAGGGCACCUUGGAACAAGAUGUUCUUUCAUGUCUUCAGAGUGUUUUGGUAUAUGGAUGUAAACUGGCUAAAAAUAAUAAUUAAUGGCUUGAUAUUUUUAUGACCUUUUUGUAUAUAACUUUCUUUUUUCUUUUUGGCUGACCUCAACACUAAGGAGAACCUACUGAAAAAGAGUAGAAAUGUCAAAAGAUAUACAACAUAUCAUAUGCUGUCCAACUGGAAUUUAAAUGUGUGCCAUGAUCAUGUGAAAACAUCCUUCCAUAGGCAAGCUCCAAGGAAUAUUUAUUUUAAAAAUCAUAAACUACUUAAAUUGCCUAAUUUAAAAUCUCUAGGCUAGGCAGCUUGGAUCAGUUUCUGUUGCAAAGAUUUUCAUACCCUUGCACUACUGGAAAGUGAGGUGCUUUCCACAUAUCUCUGGUGGAUGAAUUACUGAAGAUUUAGGGCAGCCUUCAGCAAUCCAGUGCUUUCCAGAUGUUUUGGGUUACAACUCCCAUGAACCCCAACCAGCACGAGCUGAUGGGAGCUGUAGUCCAAAACAUCUGGAAGGCACCAGGUUCCAAAGGCUGAUUUAGGCAUUACAAUACAAACCAUAUUGAUUUUAUAUCACUUAACUCUCAUGGCUGUCCCACAAAGAAUCCUGAUCAGUCUUGUUUGGAGAGAUGUUCUCUUAGAAAUCUCUAAGCUUCCUCUUUACACACACAUGGAACUACAAAUACUCUUUUUGAAAACUGCAAUCCCAUUCACAGUUACCUGGGAAUAUUCACUGAACACAGUGGGACUUACUGCCAUGCAGAAGAUUGUUCCAUUUGUCUGUGGUUUAGAUAUGCCCAUAAAAUGACAUGGGUAGAGCUGGGAUAUUCUUUAUAGCCUUCCUUUUUAGAAAGGAUAUUAAAUCUACCUGAGAAAUGCAGAUUUACCUGUGUCAAGUGCAAAGCAAAAUGUUGAGAUCUGGAACCAUGUAGUUUAGUGUCUUGUGCAAGAUUGUCAUUUAACAAAUAUAUGGGGGUAAUACAUAAACAUUUGGGAGGGAAAUAAAAUUACUUUAGCUGAUAAUCUUUGGAGUUUCUGUACUUAUGACUGAGCUGUUAACAUCUUAUUUUUUCUAGCUGACAAUUGAAUAACAUGUUUCACUUAUUGCUAAGCAUCCCAGUUACUUUCAAGCAGUGGUGAUCUAAAGGUCCUUUUGAACCUCUAGGCUUAGAUCACAUGUCAAUGCAUUGAAAUAUGACUCCAGUGCUAAAAGACCUGUUUCCCUUAUACCUCUGCCGACUGCAUAAUGAAGCACUGGAUAUUAAAUUACCCUGUGACCAUGAAUAAAUCUAUCAUUUACAUGCUUAAGCCUUGUAAGGCUUUUUGUGGUGGGGAGGAAAUACUUCAUUCUCUUAUUACUACACAAUUGUUUGUUUGAAUACUAUUCUAUUCAGAUAACAUCUUUCUCCACUGAUAGGAAAUAGAAAUGCCAGAGCAAAGCAGCAGGAAUGGCAUUCGGCUUUUAAUGAGCCUCUACCACAACUGAGGCUCCUGGCUAAGUGAAGGCCUGGUUUUUCCUGCAGACACUAUUUCUGCCCACAAGGUUCACACCUGCAAAAAUGUAUGUCUCUGCAUAACCGUGCAUAAUAUAACUGUAACUUUGUGCAACUUUUGACUUGAAUAGAGUGCUGUUAGUUGAGACCAGGACAAUUAUAUCUGACCCUGAUUGGCAACUAUUGCAGGCCAGUCUUCUUUUUCCUC